CAUGAAGCCCUGUGAUAGGAGGAGAGCUGGAGAGUUAUAAGAAGAGAUUUUCCCCACUAGUCAUCACUGUUCAGGUUAAAGAAGAAGAGCUGAAAUGAGAGGGAGACUCAUCUCUGUGGCUGCCUGUCUCUUUACCCUUCUGUGCCCCUGCCAUGGUGAGAACUUUACCUUAUCGUAACAACUUUACCUUAUCGUGACAACUUUACCUUAUCGUAACAACUUUACCUUAUCGUGACAGCUUUACCUUAUAGUAACAACUAUAUCUUAUCAUAACAACUUUACCUUAUCGUGACAACUUUACCUUAUCGUGACAACUUUACCUUAUAGUAACAACUUUACCUUAUCGUGACAACUUGACCUUAUAGUAACAACUUUACCUUAUCGUGACAACUUUACCUUAUCGUGACAACUUUACCUUAUAGUAACAACUUUAUCUUAUCGUAACAACUUUACCUUAUAGUGACAACUUGACCUUAUAGUAACAACUUUACCUUAUCGUGACAACUCUACCUUAUAGUAACAACUUUACCUUAUCGUAACAACUUUACCUUAUCGUGACAACUCUACCUUAUGUUCCUUUAGAUAUAGUAUGUUAGAUACAGCCACGGUGAUAACUCUACCUUAUGUUCCAUUAGAUAUAAUAGAUAUAAUAUUAGCAAUGUCAUUAAUUCAGGAAAAUUGAGAUUGUAUUUACAUCCACCUGACUCAUAAUAACUAAAAAAAGUCAUGGAGAUGUAUAUAGGUUUAUCCUCUUCACUCCGUUUGGGAUGAAAGGCCACAGGAAAUGUGGCUGUCUAAAAUACCAUUGUUUUCCAUGGAUUCAUUUCUUGUGAGAAAAGUGUUUCCUAAAAUCACUUUACAUUGAGAUUCUACUGUAUGUUAUCUACUCUCUUCUUGUUUGACUCUGACUGUCUCCCCUCCCAGUGUUUCAGGUGACGCAGCCUGUGACCCAGACGGUUAACCCUGACGGUACUGUCUCCAUCACCUGUAAUCACACAGACCCAAAGGAAGACUUUGUCAUUGACGCCAGGCUGAACAGACUCAAAAACUCUGAUGUUAGCAUGGUCUGUCAGGUGAGUGACCUAAUCGCUGCUCAUGAGCCACCUCACACACUAAGCUCCAGACAUCUCCCAUGACAGGUCUCCAGACCACGGGGCAGUCUGCUUCCUUUCUCCUCACCUGUGGAAUGCUCUCCCUGACCAUCUGAAAGCCGUUCCGUCUACAGACUAGCUUAUCUGUGAAGACUAUUUUAGCCCUGUUAUUUUAACUGCCUUGAUUCUUCAAUUCAAUUCAAUUCAAUUCAACUUUAUGACAUUACGGCUUUACGACUUUACGGCUUUACGACUUUAUAACUUUACAACUUUAUGACAUUACGGCUUUACGACUUUAUAGCUUUACAACUUUACAACUUUACAACUUUACAACUUUACAACUUUAUAAUUUCAUAAUGUUACUACUUUACUACUUUAUAUUUUUUGACUUUAUUGUUUGUUUGUUGUUUAGUUUCUGCCUAGGUAGAGUACUGAGAUUCCUCUGCAAUGAAAAGUGCUAUAUGAAUUAAAUGUAUUAUUAUUAUUAUUAUUAUUAUUAGGUGAAUAACACUCAGGUGGCUGACUGCACCAGCAUGAAGGUGACAUGGAACCAGUACAAGUUCACAUUACACAACUUAAAAGCUGAGGACAUCAGUGAUCUGUUCCAGUGUGAGUUCUCCAUAUCAUCUCCUAUACCCAUGAAGCCCAUCAGGACUGUACGGGGGAAAACAUUCACCAAACUGCUGCCAGGUUAGUGGAACAUUUGCCUUGUACAUUUAGGUUCUGUCCCAAAUGCUGUAAUCCCUAUUUAAGGCACUACUUUUGACCAGAGAUCUGCACCAUACACUAUACGCAAUAGGGUGAGAUUUGGGACACAGCCUUAGAUUGAUUUCCUGUGGUCUAUGUUUGGUAUGUUCAAAUAAGAUCUGAUGAAAGGCUACAGUAUGUAACUAAAUAUUGCAUUUGAUAUUGAUUGCAUCAUUUACCAAUGCAAAUCCUCUAGGAAUUACUGCAGUGUCUAAAUGGCAGAAGGUAGUUUCUAGAUAUUCCAUGAAGUACCUUCGUAAUGUAUAAUGAUAAUGCAUUUCAUCAUGCCUGAACUCUGUUUCCUCCUCUGUUGUGUCUGCAAUACUGUAUGUUUUCAGGCGAAGGUUGUGUUGGAAGAUAUUCCAUGUUUUACUGUCUGUUCCCAGGACUGGCAGGAGAUGCUCCUGUCCCUGUGUGUCCUUCCCCUGCACCCGAGUCUCCUGAGGCUGAGCUGAUUGUCCAACUGAAGUGGAUUGUGAUUGGCCUGUCUACGUUUCUCUGUCUCUACAGCUUUACCAUCACCUUCUUCUAUAUCAGGCUAAGGGUCAGACUCAUUAUAAUAUACACCUUUACAGCUGAUUGGCUGAUUGAAAUGUCAGAGAGGAAAACAAACCAACAGGCUUCAAGUACAACUUGUGUUAGGAACACUUUAUGUAGUAUUCAUGUCAAAGCCAUCAUUAUUUCAACACUUUAUAGAGUAUUCAUGUCAAAGCUGAGUUUCUCUUCCUUAAUGUUAUUCAUGGCCAGCUGAGUUACUCUUCCUUAAUGUUAUUCAUGGCCAGCUGAGUUUCUCUUCCUUAAUGUUAUUCAUGGCCAGCUGAGUUUCUCUUCCUUAAUGUUAUUCAUGGCCAGCUGAGUUUCUCUUCCUUAAUGUUAUUCAUGGCCAGCUGAGUUUCUCUUCCUUAAUGUUAUUCAUGGCCAGCUGAGUUACUCUUCCUUAAUGUUAUUCAUGGCCAGCUGAGUUUCUCUUCCUUAAUGUUAUUCAUGGCCAGCUGAGUUUCUCUUCCUUAAUGUUAUUCAUGGCCAGCUGAGUUACUCUUCCUUAAUGUUAUUCAUGGCCAGCUGAGUUUCUCUUCCUUAAUGUUAUUCAUGGCCAGCUGAGUUUCUCUUCCUUAAUGUUAUUCAUGGCCAGCUGAGUUUCUCUUCCUUAAUGUUAUUCGUGGCCAGCUGAGUUUCUCUUCCUUAAUGUUAUUCAUGGCCAGCUGAGUUUCUCUUCCUUAAUGUUAUUCAUGGCCAGCUGAGUUACUCUUCCUUAAUGUUAUUCAUGGACAGCUGAGUUUCUCUUCCUUAAUGUUAUUCAUGGCCAGCUGAGUUUCUCUUCCUUAAUGUUAUUCAUGGCCAGCUGAGUUACUCUUCCUUAAUGUUAUUCAUGGCCAGCUGAGUUUCUCUUCCUUAAUGUUAUUCAUGGCCAGCUGAGUUUCUCUUCCUUAAUGUUAGUCAUGGCCAGCUGAGUUACUCUUCCUUAAUGUUAUUCAUGGCCAGCUGAGUUUCUCUUCCUUAAUGUUAUUCAUGGCCAGCUGAGUUUCUCUUCCUUAAUGUUAUUCAUGGCCAGCUGAGUUUCUCUUCCUUAAUGUUAUUCAUGGCCAGCUGAGUUUCUCUUCCUUAAUGUUAUUCAUGGCCAGCUGAGUUUCUCUUCCUUAAUGUUAUUCAUGGCCAGCUGAGUUUCUCUUCCUUAAUGUUAUUCAUGGCCAACUGAGCACCGGAUUAUUAUUUUGCUUUCUUCUCUGAUGUGUUUUGGGGUCAUUUUCUCAGGUCAUGCGAUCAGAGGAGCUGUAUGAUUCGCUGACAUACGUCCCCAUGCAGGUUUGGAUCCUUUUUUUUUACGAGAGAUAAGAUUUGAGUCCAACCAAUAUAGGACUAGGUUUCCAGAACACAGAUUACGUUUGAAAUGCUGGCACAACCUAAAGCGUUUACACUGAUUUCAGUUGUUGCAGUGAAAAACACAUAAUUGCACAGUUACGGUGCAUUCGGAAGGUAUUCAGACCCCUUGACUUUUUCCACAUUUUGUUACGUUACAGCCUUAUUCUAAAUGGAUUAAAGUAAUUGUUUUCCUCAUCAAUCUACACACAAUACCCAUAAUGACAAAGUGAAAACACACUGACAGCCGUCCCAUAUAGAUUGCAAAAUAGUUGGGAAGAGAUUUUUGACAUAACGAUUCCUAAGCAUAGUGUUUAUGAACUGAUACGCAAAACGACACCGGAUUCAAAACUUAGAAUUUUUCAAUUUAAAUUAUUAUAUAAAAUAGAAUGUUAUUUAUAUGGGGGAUACAAUCUUCCCAGUUCUGCAGAUUUUGCUGCGAAGAGACAGAAUCAUUAGAUCAUUUGUUUUGGUACUGUCCAUUUGUAGCUUGUUUUUGGACACAGGUCCAGGAAUGGCUAAAGGAUUGCAAUAUUUACCUGGAGCUAACCCUGCAGAUAGCACUACUGGGUGAUCUGAAAAGUCAUAGUCAAUCGAUCAAUAAUAUAAUAAUACUUUUAGCAAAAUUGUUUAUUUUCAAUUUACGAUCUGUAGAAACAAUGAGAGUAGAAAGGUUCAAAACUUUUGUAAGACAUCACAGUACAGUUGAAAAAUAUAUAGCAAAUAGAAAUCCAAUAUGGAUGGUGUUAAGAGAUAGAUGGGAGGGGUUGAAUGGAGCUGAAGGUUGGGACUAAUAACAACUAACAACAACUAAUAACAACAAGAUAACUAAUGUAAAACAUACUGUGUCCAUAAUAAGUAUAUAGGUUAUAGGUUGGGAGCUUUUCUGAAAGAGCACAGUUAGAAAGAUAUGGCAUAUAUAUGGCAUAUAGAAGCAAACCGGAUGGACAUCAUGAAAAUGAUCGGAGGAAGUUCAUGAGUAAAAACAAACAAAAUAUAAUUAUUGUAAAAUGUCCAUAAAAUGUAUAUAGUAUGUAUAAGCUGGAAGUAGAGGCCUAAGCAUUUUUGUUCACUAGUUUACUCCAAUUAGGGAAGGGGUGGGAAAUAUAAUUUAAAAAAGGAUAUGUAUGUGUGUAUGUCUGUGUGUGUGUGUAUAUAUAUAUAUAUAUAUAUAUAUAUAUAUAUAUAUAUAUAUAUAUAUAUAUAUAUAUAUAGUGAAGAAAAAAGUAUUUGAUCCCCUGCUGAUUUUGUACGUUUGCCCACUGGCAAAGAAAUGAUUGAUGAUGAAUAUAUGUACAGUGGGGAAAAAAAGUAUUUAGUCAGCCACCAAUUGUGCAAGUUCUCCCACUUAAAAAGAUGAGAGAGGCCUUAUUUUCCACCAUAAUUUGCAAAUAAAUUCAUUAAAAAUCCUACAAUGUGAUUUUCUGGAGAAAAAAAAUCUAAAUUUGUCUGUCAUAGUUGACGUGUACCUAUGAUGAAAAUUACAGGCCUCUCUCAUCUUUUUAAAUGGGAGAACUUGCACAAUUGGUGGCUGACUAAAUACUUUUUUCCCCCACUGUAUAUUUGUGAGAAAAAAAAAACAUGGGGGAUUGGAAGUGAUGCAGACAAUUACAUUGAUGGAAGUUACAAUCUAUCUGCAAUAUUAAGCUGAUCUACCCCCUAAAAACAAACAAAAACAAAAAAGAAAGAAGAAAAAUAAAAUAAAUACAAACACAGAAAUACCUUAUUUACGUAGGUAUUCAGACCCUUGUAAAUGUGAUAUUUCAGUAAUUUUUUUAUAUAUUUAUAUUAAUUUAUUUUUUAAACCUGUUUUCACUUUGUCGUUAUGGGGUAUUGUGUGUAGAUUGAUGAGGACAUUGUUUUAUUUAAUCAAUUUUAGAAUAAGGCUGUAACAUAACAAAAUGUCAAGGGGUCUGAAUACUUUCCGAAUGCACUGUAUAAAGGCACAUAAUUGAAGCCAAUAUAUUGGACAUAAUCUUCAAAACACAAUAAUGAAAAUGUUAAAAUAAUACGUUUCUGUUCUAAUAUAUAUUUAAUGUUAAUAUAAUAUGUUUCUGUUCUAAUAUGUUUCCUCAGCCUAAUCAGCCCCAGCCUACGGUGAGAAUGAUCAAUAUAUAUGCUUCCAACGUUUCACAACAGUCAUUUUAACUUGUCAGCAAUAUGAUCUAAUUUCAUGUUAAAAUCCAAGGGGUCUUUCCUCCUGGUUUAGGAACACUAAUAAUCCAUGUCAGCCAUGUCAAUGCCUGUCAUAAAAUAAUGAUCUACCCUUUCAAUGAUCACACUUUAUCAUUAAAGUCUAAAAGGGUAAAUGCUAAAUGGUUAAAGUUGACAUAUUUGCUUUAUUUCAGAGGGGAAGAGGGAACAUUAAUUCAACCUACAUGGAUAUGAGGAAGGUGCCAGUUGGAGUGAGAGCCUCACAAUCCAACCACCACAACUCCCAACUCAAUUGCUGACCAAAAUAAAGCGACCUUCAACUGAUCAGUUGGAUCAAUCAAUCAGAUUCUAGAACCAUUCACUUUGAAGCCCAACAUUCUAUCCCACUGGGCACAGACGUCAGCUCAACGUCUGGUUCUGUUUUACGUUUGGUUGAGUUGUCAACUAACG